CAACAACACCUUGAAACACAUUGAUCAUACAUUUGCAAUUCAUACGAACUUCACUCAUCCACUACCCUCUACUAUCUUAGCAAAGUCGCAUUCAUAUACUCAAGCAUCUCCCUCACACCUCUACAAGCUAUAUCUCACCACAAAGUCGUGUGAGCACACCACAACCCGCCCUCUACCUCUCUACCAAGCCCAGAGACCUCGAUCACAACCGCCAAAAUGACUCGUGGAAACGGCACCGUCACCAAAGUCUUCUACAAGGGCAGCACCGAUGAUUUCGUCGUCUUUAUCGAAUCUCCCCAAGAUCUUGAAGAAUGGAAGAAGGACAAGUCCAAGCCCCUUGCCGAAGUCGUCAACUCCUUCAAAGUCUUGGUCACACACAAGCACGGCGCUCAGGGUCAAUUGGACACCGCAUCCAAGGCUAGCCUAGAGAACGAGUUCGGUACCAAAAACGAGGACGAGGUCAUAAUGAAGAUCCUCGAGGGAGGCCAAAUGCAAAACACACAGGCUGGCGAGCGUAGCGGCGACCGCAACGAGACCAUGGGUCCUCGACAGGGACAUCCUUCUGCUUAGACAGCACGAUCUCGAGCAGCGAUGUAGUGCCCGCGCAGCAUGGCUCCGCAAGGAAGAUUUGCCAAUCGUGCACGACUCAGCAGUCGCAAACCAUUCAAACGAGGGUGGACAAAGAUAUCAUAGCCAAGAAUGGGUGUAUGCACAACUUGAGCUGGAAGAUAAAUACCUGCACGAAACAGCAUGGUGUUGAUCUGGGCUGAUAAUGCCGGCCGGAAACCAAGAAAGUAUCCCAGCAUGUAGCAGAACUGCGAAGCGGGCAAUCAAUCGAUAUCAAAGUGAAUUGUUCACAUAUUAGUCCAUCGUGCUUAACUUGUGCGCUUUAUUAGGUGAUGCUCGCAUGAUACAGAGUAUACGGGUUCUAAAUCGUAGUUACAUCUAUUCUUCCA